UUUUCAAAACCAUUGUCACCUUUUGAAGAGUUAAAAACAAACAAAAGCGUUUUUUAUAGUGAGCCGGAGGUUCUUCCUUGUUUUGAACUGAACUACAAAUUCUCGAAGAGGCAUAAAAAACCUCUUUCGCUCGCGACAACGAGAAAACAAGAAAAUCUUGUGAACACGGCCCAGAAAAUGGCUAGCCAAAGUUCAACCAAACAAAACGGAGAAGCGACAACGGGGGAAGUGUCGGGGUCGAUUGUCACAUAUACAGAAGAAGAAAUAAAUACCUUCAAAGACGACAUGGCCCCUGAAAACACGAAAAAGAGUACGCCGCUUGCAAUCGUCCUGAAUAGUGAUACUUAGAAAAGUACAAAACAGAGCUGAACUUGAACAGCAUUUCUAAAACAUUUCAAGGUACUUACCAUAUAUCAAUCGCGCCGUUAAACUUUUAGUGCUUUCGCUUGGACACUUCAUUUCUUUCAGUUUUGCCGCCGAAGAGGUAAAA